GUUUGUGUUGAGGAGUCAGACGAUGUGAGUUGUGCGCUGUACAGUUCACUGCGUUACAUUGGGAAACAUCAGAAAAUUCCAUCUGAGAGGGGUGGGAACCUUGAAAAGAAAGACCAGGUUCCCCCUGAGCCGACUGACGACAUCCAGCUGGAGUCCACUCCGUCACCACAUCGUCACGGUCACACUGCCAGGAUCCCCCGUCUCACCUGGACACCGUGACCAUCAUGGUCCGCUUGGUAUUGAUGUUUGCUGUGGUUGUCAUCGAAUACGUUUAUGGAAUACUUCGACUACCUCCUCUGCCCAUGGAAGAAGGCUGCUAUUUGGUGUCUCCAGAGGUGAAUAUAUUAAGAUUGGAGGGCGAGGCCGUAAUACUCUCUUUCUCAAUGUUCGAGAGAGUGCUUAAAAAACGCAAAAUCGCCCCCCCAACAGCAACGUUCCUCAUCACCAAGGACAAUGGGACGGAGGGUGUGGCCUUUCAGGGUGAAGGGCGUGUACAGCAGCGUAAUAAACAGCUGUGGAUCCUCCCAGCUCAGGCCUCCGACUCAGGGAAAUAUAUCUGCACGUACAGAAAUGAAACCUACUGUGUAACUGGGAGCAUCACCCUACAAGUAUACAAGUCCACUUCUGUUGACAUGGAGAAGAUGAUCCACCCGUACCAAGCCAUGGUGGGAGAGAGUCUGAGCGUCUCAUGUCCGUCUCUGAGUGACUUCAACAACACAGACAGACUGGUAGAGUGGCACAAGGACUCCCCCCCUCAGCUGGGCAGAGCGGGUUCCUUCCUCCAGAGCAGAGGUAGACUCAUCAUUCCUGCUGUGACGCGAUCCCACGCGGGCGUCUACACCUGCAAGCUCAGAGCGCUCAUCAGCGGCCAGCAGUACAAAGUCAGCCGCACCAUCAAGCUCGAUGUGGAAGGUCUAGAUCCUGUAACCUCAACUACCACCACCACCAUCACCACCAUCACCACCCCCACCAUCACCACCCCCACCAGUGUACCUGACCUCUCCAUGAUGGCUAACCCAGGGCUAAUCAGCAGCAGCAGCGGCACCAUUCACACUCCAGUGAUCCGACCACCUGUGAUCGUCUCGCCACUGAAUGGAACCAUUUUUGAAAGUGUGCAUGGUUCGGGAGUGGAGCUGGUUUGCAAGGUGUUCACUGAAUGUCAAAUGACAGAAUCCACUCUGGUCACAUGGCUGGUCAACGACCAAUCGGUGGAGUCCUCAUACAUGGACAGACGGGCUCUGCAAGGGGGAAAGAGGGUGACCCGGGUGUCUGAAGGCUGCCAGAUUGAGUUGAGGCUAGUUAUUGUAGCGAUAACAGAACAAGACGUGAAGACAGAGCUCAAAUGUGUCACUCAGAACCAAGGAGGUAGACAGGAAGUGGUCACGCAGCUUCAACUAGAGGACUCCACAUUUACGUGGCUGGUGGUAGCUGUGGUGGCCGUGUCCUGCUUCCUGGCUGUGGUUUCUGCAUUCCUCUAUGUCCUCUUCAAACCUAAAAAGAAAAGGGAUUACUUUCUGGCACGGCAAAACAGCACCUUCUAACACACACACUCCAUUUGCGGUUACAUCCAAUUAGUCUGUCAUACAUUGUGUGCAUGUGAUGACGUGCAGUGGCACCACAAGUACCUGUUAUUCAACUCUCCUUUUACAGGGAUUCAGUGUUUUAGAACCAGUAGCUGCAUUGUUACUUUUGAAUGAUAUUGGAUGUGUUUAUGUGG